AGAGAUGCGACACUUCUCUUUAAUACAAGGGGUAUCAUGAUUCAUGCACAUUAUUUCAACUCCAUCAAAUACUUAUUGAUCAAUAUCCAUUGAAUUUUCCAUUUGCUUCAUUCUCUCACACUCAAACAUGAAAAUAAUGGCUUCUAUACAAAACUAUCUUCAUCUUCUCCCCUUCUUCCUACUACUACUAAUUUCUUCCAUAACAACAUCCAAAGCUACUAAUAAUUCUAUCCAAUCCCCAAACAUAAUUGAACCUUACAUUAUUGAUUAUCAAAACGGCACCGUUUUAAGGUUUUCUAACAAAUCUCUAACCUUUUAUCCUCCUCCAAUUGACUCUCAUGUGCAAUCCAAAGACAUAAAUAUUAGUUCUUCUAAAGGUAGUAAUCUACGCGCACGGGUUUUCAUGCCGGCCCGGCCUGACCCAGCCCAGCCUGACCCGGCCCGAAAGAUGCCCGUGCUUAUUUACUUUCAUGGGGGAGCCUUUUGUAUUGGCUCCCCCUUUAGUUGGCUAGACUCUCAUUUUGUGGCUCGUGUUGCGGCCGAGGCUCGGAUUGUUGCUAUUGCCGUUGAUUACCGACUUUAUCCGGAGUUUACGGUUCCUGCUCCGUAUGAUGACGCAUUGGCAACCCUUGAAUGGGUUUUGGCCCAUGGUACGGGUUCUGGCCCGGGUUUGGACCCAUGGGUGUUAAAGUACGGGGAUGUAAAGAGGAUCUUUGUAGGAGGAGAUAGUGCAGGAGGUAAUAUUGCUCAUAAUUUGGCCAUUCGGGCAGGGCUAGGAUCGGGCUUACAAUUUACUGGACUAUUCCUAGCCAUGCCAUAUUUCCUCGGGUCAAAACGGGUUCCACUCGAGCCCAAUUACAUUCACUACUCACCCAAUUAUAGAGUAUGGUCUUACGUUUGUCAUAAUUGCACGGGCGGAGUCGACAAUCCAUUUAUUAACCCAUUUGUACCCGAUGCCCCGAAACUCACCCACCUCGGAUGUAAGAAGUUGUUGAUUUAUACAGCCGAGAUGGAUGAGUUACGGGGUCGUAAUAUAUACUACUAUAAAGCAGUAAAGGCAAGUGGGUGGGCGGGAUUGGCCAGUUGGAUUGAGGCCCGAGGAAAAAAUCAUGUAUUUCACAUAUCACUACCAGAUGAUCCAGCAACAAGCAAAUUGAUUCAAGACUUGUCAAAAUUUAUCAAUGGUGCAUAAAUAUUUAGUACUCUUCAAACUUAUAUUUUGUAUUGGAAAUGUUACCUUUAUAUUUUGUAUUGGAAAUUUACCUUAUCUAUAGUCUAUUUGAGUGAAACCCUAGUGAUACACUCCCUUGAAUCAAGGGAAUAAUUGUGUGGGUUGAAACAAAGUGCAGAUAUUUCGUUCAUUCUUUAGAGUUUGCCUCAUUUAACUAAAAAAUUUCUCACAAAAUGGUCAAAGGAAGCAAACUCAAAGGAAUGGAUUAGUUUAAUUCAAGUGAUUUAUGUUGUCCUAGGAGUAUUAUACCAUACUCCAAAGAAUUUAAAUUAUGUGUUUGAAAUAAAGGCUCAUUGUUGAUUGUUCAUUA